UUUACCAACACCGAACGCGAACACACAGCGGCAUUCGGCAAUUUGGCAACACCGUGCGUGCUGCUGCAGCUACCCAAAUAGCUGUGUGAAAAAUGUGUUUAUAAUAAAUAAUUUAAGUAGCUAAACUAUUUUGCAAACAUUUGCUGACCAAGCCAAACAGCCUCAGCCACAAGCGAAGCCAAAACAAUUUCGCACAGUCUCGGACAACAACAUCAGCAACAACAACAACAACCAAUUAACACAUAACUUUGGGGAUAGAGCAAGAGAGAGAGGAGAGAGAGACAGAGAUCAUGUCGCAUACGAUAUUAUUGGUGCAGCCGGGAGCGCGACCAGAGACGCGCACAUAUUGCGAUUAUGAAAGCGUAAAUGAGUGCAUGGAGGGGGUGUGCAAGAUAUACGAGGAGCAUUUGAAGCGACGCAAUCCAAAUACACCGACCAUCACCUAUGACAUCAGUCAGCUGUUCGAUUUCAUCGACACACUUAUCGAUAUCAGUUGUUUGGUCUAUCAGAAGAGCACCAACACUUAUGCGCCCUACAACAAGGAUUGGAUCAAGGAGAAGAUCUAUGUGCUGCUACGUCAGGCUGCAUUCAGCCCGAAUGCCUAAAAAACUCACAAACUAACACUUACACACCAAAUAAACAAUAAGAAGAAGAACAACAAUAGCUACAGCAAUCAAUUACAACAACAGAAAGAACACAUUUCUCUCUUUCCAACAACAAAUUUAUCAUUUUUCGGUCUUCAUUCAAUCUGUUUAAUCUCUAUCUCAAAAAUUUAAGAAAUUUUCAUUUUUUGUUCUGUUUAUUUUUCAUAGUUGCUCUUCUAUAUGCUUAAUAACACUAUAAA